UGUGUGGACUCAGUCUUCAUGCUCUUUCAGCAAUGCUGAAUUCCUGGAAUUCGAUGUUGUGUGCAAGUUAAUGAAAGUUCAAGGUUCGUACAUUUUUGAGCGCCGAGCAAAGUCAAGUGGCAAAUUGCUGCAGAUUCUUGGCAUUUUGUGCAGGGCAUUGCUUUUGCCACACUGCACAUCGGAUAAGAGUUGAUUACGACAUUUGUCGCCAACACUGGGAUAAUUUUCUGGGUGAUUGGCCAAAGUUGAUGCAGAGUCGGACAAAGAUGAUUGAACUCUGUUGAACCUCUAGUUGAUUCUAUUUGCAAUGCAUGCAUUCAAAGGACAAGAGGAGUAAAAAGUUUGCAUCUGUAAUUGUUAUCGCAUUUAUCGCUGCUUGCUGGCCACAGCUCAGAAAGGUCUUCGAUGCGAUGAGUCCAGUGAUGGGCAAGCGAAAUCAGUAAUGCAAUGUCAUGAAAAUGGUGGCCGGGACCUUGAUCCUGCCGAGGAAUUCUUUGCUUAGUAGCAAUCAUGGCAUGUUCCGCUAUGGCAUGCUUGACAGAGUUCCAAUCUUUACUUGUUCUAGAGGCACUUGCAAGAGGCCUCUAUCCAGUGGUUUGAGACGCCAUGGUUUUCUAUGAGACAUUUGUUUUGAUUCAUGCAAAGUUUCCAGCCAGCGAAACUAAGCUUCUGAUGAGGGAAACUGCUCGAGUCAUUGUCGAGCGGGAGGGUGCCCUUUUCAGGAUCUUGGAUUUGGGCUGGCGGCACACCGCAAAGGCCCUGUACAAAAAAGAGGUUGGACACAUCUUCUACGGUCGCUGGUACUCACUCGUUUGGGGAGGAAGCCCAAAGGCGAAGCAUGAAGUGGAAGAGACGCUUGUUCACAACACUGGAGUGGUGAGGCAACACACGAUCCCGAUCUCGAAGCCGCGCAAAUUCUAUUCAAAUCGGAGCACCUACUACCCGUUGAUCAAGCCUUUGACCCCUCCGUUGACUCAUCAUGUACCCAUGCGUGAAAUCAAGUAAGCUCGGAAAAAA